GUUUCUGUAAUCUUUGUCAUUCAGUUACAAUCGGUGCAUCGUCGAGUGUACACGCUACGGAGCGAUUUCAAUGCGAUCACGUUUAUUAUGUUAAAAGUGUUUUGCUGAGUUUUUUAGUGAAUUUGUUCUAAAAUAUUAUAAGAUUUACUAUUAAUCUACUAUGAAGUACUUACGCAAAAGAUAAACAAAACAAUGACAAACUUCGGUGCUUCCUUCUUCCUUCCAUAAUUUAAGAUGCCCAACACAAAUCAUCACUUACAGUAGUGUUCUUAAGCUGUAAAUUCUAACGAGAGAUAUUGUCAAAGAAUAAAGAUGUCACACGGCGGCGUGAAGACGAGAAACGGGGAUGGAGAGAAUGAAGACUCAUCUCGAGAGGGUUCCGAGAGUCUAGCACCGCCCCCUGAUGGAGGCUGGGGGUGGAUGGUUGUUUUCGCAUCAUUUAUGAUACACAUUGUCACCGAUGGCAUGACCUACUCGUUUGGCGUGUUCUAUGCAGAAUUCCUGACCUACUUCAACGAGGGCAAAGGCAAGACUGCGUGGAUCGUGUCUAUCCUUGUCGGGGUCACCCUUAGCUCAGGUCCAAUUUCAAGUUCCUUCGUUAACCGUUGGGGAUGUCGAACAGUCACCGUAGCUGGAGCGUUACUCUCUGCUGUAUGCGUGGUCCUGUCGGCAUUGGCCAACAAUGUAAAUACUCUUAUCAUCACGAUUGGCGUAGGCACAGGUGUUGGUUUUGGUCUCAUCUAUCUGCCAGCAAUUGUCAGCGUUACUGUGUGGUUCGAAAGAUACAGAAGUCUUGCCACAGGCAUCGCCGUGUGUGGGUCGGGACUAGGAACAUUCCUAUUCGCGCCGAUAACCUCCGCCCUCAUAUCGAACUAUGGCUGGAGAGGCGCAAUGGCUAUCAUUGGAGCAUUAAUCCUUAACUGCAUCCCGCUGGGACUAAUGUUCCGGCCCGUUCCUGAAAGACCAAGGACACCUGUCACAGAACCAAUGCUACCAAAAGUAGACAAUAACAAUAAGAAGAAACUUCAAAGAUCUCAAAGUAUAGAACAUUUCCUACGUGUAAAUGGGAAAGAUGAUGUAGCGAGACUAACUCUGUCUCAACCCGCUUUAAAUAAGCAACAAGAACAGAAAAUGGGCUCUCGUCAUGGUAGCGGAAUUAUGCAAAGACCUGACGUCUUAUACCAAGGUAGCAUGACUAGUAUAUCAAGAUAUAGAGCUGCUUCUAUUGAUAGAAAGAUGACAAAAGAGGAGGAAAAAGAAGAAAAGUGUGGAUGGCUGCCCUGCUCAAGAGAAUUCAAAGUAGCGUUAUCAGAAAUGCUCGAUGUUUCUCUACUGGUAGAUCCUGUUUUCCUAUUAUUUUCUGUAUCAAAUUUUCUGACUAGUAUUGGAUUUUAUAUUCCAUAUGUGUAUACUGUGCCAAUGAGCGAGAAACUUGGCAUUGAAAAUCCACCUUACUUGAUCUCCAUUAUUGGUGCCUCUAAUUUGGUGGGGAGAAUCAUUCUUGGAUACAUCAGCGAUAAGCCCUGGGUGAAUCGUCUGUUGGCGUACAAUAUUUGCCUGACGAUUGCUGGAAUAAGUACUGCUGCAGCAAUGUUUUGUUGGGAAUUUUGGGGUCUAGCGAUGUAUGCAACAGCAUUCGGUUUCACUAUUGGUGCUUACGUAGGCUUAACAUCAGUGGUGCUAGUUGAUCUCCUGGGAUUAGAGAAGUUGACCAAUGCCUUUGGAUUGCUUCUACUAUUUCAAGGAAUCGCUUCACUUAUUGGACCGCCAUUUGCAGGAUGGCUUUACGAUACGUAUCAGUCCUACUCGCCAGGAUUCUACGUCGCUGGCGGAACUAUCUCUCUCAGCGGCAUUAUCCUAUUUCUCAUUCCUGUCUUCGAAAGAAGAAAUAACAGGUGGAAGAAUCAGGAAAUGGUGCUGGAGCAAAUUUAGCAGGACAUGUUCCGAGGGGCGAAGUACGAGUGUCCAAUUAUCGUGCUCCACAGUCCCUCAACGUCCUCAAUCACUUCUUCAGGGGACACCUAUUCCAACAGGGUAUAUACAACUAAUAUAGAUGAAGAUUUAGAACCAAAGUGUAUAAAGUGUGACUAUUUGGAUCAAGCUCAUUCCAAAGAUUGUGUGUGUGAAUUAGUGAGUGAUAUGAAAUAUGUUUAAUUAAUAAGAGGACUUCAACAAAUUGAACUUCUUACGAGCUAUAGACUUGUGUUGCUAUAUGUCUUAAAACGGGAAAUCAAUGAUUACUUCUAUAAAAUUCUACCGUACGGAAACCGAAAAUAUAGUUAAAAUAAAUAGAUCUUAAAGUACUAAUAAUAUUUGCCGAAUUAAACUAUAUGCGCAAUAUUCUAAAGUCGAAGUGUUAAAACUAAAUCUUGGUUUCAUUCUUGUCAUAAUUUAUUGUUUCCAUGUUACGAAAUUAUAUAUCAAAUUAGUGCCAUAACCUCUGAUCCGAUCCUUUUAAGUAAGUUACUUCAGAAAUUAAUAAAUAUGUCCGGUUCAGAUAAAUUGGCACAAGCAUUUGAAAUUAAAUAUCUCGAAUAAAAUUAUAAUCAUAAAAGUAUCUUGCUUCUACGAUAACAUGUAUUGUUUUAGUAUAUAAUUAAGUGCCAUCCACGAAGACGUCUUAAUGUAGGACCAAUUUAAUAAAUCAUACUUGACACCUCAUCAAAAUUUAAUAAUGUGACCUAUUUUCGAAGUAAGAACUGCACAAUUGCUUAACUGUUUUCAAUUCAAUUUACAUAUUAAUUGUAAUUGUAACAAUAGAAGGUAAUUUUACGAUUUAGUUCCACUAAUAAACUAUUCUAGAUAUAAUUCUAGUUCUAUUUUAAAAAGUGAAUUGAACAUGGAAAUAAGGACAAGACCGUAAGGUUUUCUUUUGUUUACUUAUAAUACUGACCAGUAUUCAACAUACUAGAAAAAUGAAAUAUUUAAUGUUUUUCCCUUUUCACACUAAAGCCACUUAUAGAAUAUAAAAAGGUGACAAAACAUUUUAACCUAUUAAGCAAUACAAGCGUAAUUUUUCAUAUCUUGGCCAGAUUGUGCGUGGCAGGGAAGAAUAAACGUGUACGUUUAAGUGGGGUUGUUUAAAAGGGUUUUAAGUAGGGCAAACCCAUUAAAAACUACUUUUGUGUACACAGGUCUUCGUAGAUAGCAACACUUAUUGGCAACAUUUAUUUAAUUAAUUUUUAAGAAUGGCAAAUAUCAGAACAAUAAUGUAUUCAAGUUACAUAAUAGAUGGCCUUAUUGUGGACCAAACGAAGCUUAGAUUUUACUAUAAUAUACUUUAAAAAUAAGCUACUACUUUUGUAUAUACAAAAUACAUCCUGUAUUAUAUGAUUUAUUUUAAAAUUAAUAAUGACUAGUACAAAUUGUCAUAUGAUUUUGACUGAUUCAAUAACUUACAGUUACCUGAGUAAAGUUACCGUUAUAAAAUA